UGACGUGUCACUCACCCGCCACUCCCACGAGACAUAACAGUCAACCCUAACAUUAGACCCCUGAAAUCCCCCUAACAAUCUCCAUUCAAAACUAUCCUCCUCCUCCUCCUCCUCCACCACCGGCCGUUCAUGUUCAUCGCCAUGGUCACCGGAAGCUUGCCACCUGCCUACUCUGCAAUCCCCUCUCAAUCCCCACCGUCCGUUAGUAACAAUAACAGCAAUAAUAAACUUCCGGUUGACUUCAGUCCGCCUUUGAUUGCCAUGGUUGUAGUGGUAGCCACUGCUUUUUUAGUGGUCACUUACUCCCGUCUCAUUUCUCGCCACAUCCUUCCUCCUCUCCUUCGUCUUUUCCGACGUUGGAAACGCUGGCGCCGUCGUCGACGCCGCCUCCGCCGCUACCUUCCGUCCUCCAACGGCGACCCUCUCGACUCUCCUCCCUUCUACCCCUCCCCCUUCAACCAUCCCAUCGACUCCUUCCAUAUACCCUACGGCCUCGACGAGUCCGUCAUUAAGGCCAUCCCGCUCUCAAUCUUCACUACGAAAAACAAAACCGCUGCUGUGAAGCCGUUGCAGGAGGCCAGAGAUUGCGCCGUUUGCUUGUUAGAGUUUGAAGAAAACGAUUACGUCCGUACACUCCCUGGUUGCUCCCACUCGUUUCACGUGGACUGUAUUGAUAUUUGGUUGAGGUCUCACGCCAAUUGUCCGUUAUGUCGAGCUGGCAUUUUUUCGUCGGAGUCUCCGUUUGUACCGUUUAUGGCGGCAAGAAUUCGGCCUAGUUUAGACGACACGUCGUUUUUCCAUAACAUGAGUGUUUCGCUCGAGUCUUUAUCUGAAAUUCCAGCUCCGGUGACAACUGCGGCAACGAACACGACGGUAAACGGUAGUGAAAUCACGCCGUGUGUUGAAGAGGGGACAGUGUUAAAUAGUGUUGAUAACUGUAACUCUGAGGAGAGAUUCAAGGGCCGUGAUUUUUUGUUGAAGCGGUCGUAUUCAUUCGGAUUCGAGCGGAGUAUAGCGUCGGAAAGGAUGGUAACAGAGGCAGUAACAGCGUCGCCAUGGAGGUACAGGAGAGGAAGUUUCUGGAGUAAACGGCCGUCACCGUUUGGGUCUUUAACGAAACCUCGAGUAUUCUCAUUUAGAUAUUACAGAGGAAUGAAAUCACCCUUCUUUAGACGGAGAGGGUUUUUCCCGUUUUCAGAAUCGAGCGUGAGAUUCUCCGGAUCAUCAAGACGAAGCAAGUCAAUGACGAGCCCGAUGUUCCCUCGAUCAUCGGCGACGGCAUUCUCAUCUAGCCGGCUGAGGUGCGGGGAUCCCGAGGCGUUAUUAUCACCGGACAGGUUUAACAGAAGAUAAUAUUAAAAAACGUUUCUUGUUGCUGGUCAAAGAAGGGUGACACGUGGACGGAGAAGAUGAAGAGGAGGUGGGAAAUGGAGGGUCGGAGAUUUGAGGAGGUGACGGUGGAGAUGGGGUCGAGUGAUAAUUAAUGGAGAGGGAGGAGAGGGAAGAGGAGAAAGAAAGAAAGGGGAGCUUUAAUGGCGAUGGUCUGGCAAUUUGUAGAGAACAUUAAAUGGGUGUGGGGAGGGGCAUUUAAUGAAAAAAAUUGACGACAGAGGGAGGGAGGGAGGGUUUUUGAGAAAUGUGUGAAACGGCACCGUUUUCAGUCAUGAAUAUGUAGAGAGUGAGAGUGAGGGUGAGGGUGAGGGUGUUCUUUGUUCAAUCUUAUAAUAUGAUUUGGGAAAACAUGGAAUUGGGUGUGAAAAGUUGUUUUAGGGGAUUAUGGGGGUGGUCUUUGUAUUUGACCAAAUGAAUGUUUAUGAGUAAAUACUAAAUAGUAAUGUUAAUGCUCUUUUAUGGUAAAGCUUAAAUGCUUAAUUAAUCAAGCUGGUUUUUUUUAUUAAA